UUAUUUACAACUUGCAGUGCAGUUGUGAAUAGGGGUGAAAUAUCAGUCUCUGAUAAGUUUGGUAUGUUUCGAAUUGUUCAUAGUUAGAAGUUUACUGAUAUCUAGAAGAUAUGAAUAAAGGAACAAUGAAUGAGCAGAAUGAUAAACAUAUGCUCGAUAAUAAUGAGACUGAAGAUACUCCAUCUGAGACGUCAGACAAAAAUUUAAAAACAGGGCCUGGAGUAUCUGAAAGCCCAGCAAUGUCGACAACUACUUCUUCAAUUACAACGCAGUCAAAAAUUACUGCAAGUCAGACGAGUACACCAACGACUCAGUCAAUUGCUGCUUUUCAGACGAGUACACCAAAACUCUGUCAAGCACCUUUGAAAAUCCACCGAUUUUCACAACAACUCAAUCGAGUGGCAGCAGUGGUAGUACCCCUACCACUGAACAGACUGUACAACAAGAACUACUACAGUUCCUUUGUAAACAGCGCGAAAACAUCGAGCUUCAAAACAAAGGUUUUGAGGCAAUGAAAACCUUGAUGAGCCUAAUUAAUAAGACAUCUGAAAAUUUAUUGGCUGCAGAACGGCUUCGAAUGCAAGGUACUCGAGGUAAUUUACUUAACUCGAUCACUUUUCUAGACGAAAGUUCAACUCAUACGGGUGCUGGAAUAGAUGCUCAAUCCAGCCCGCAAGAUAUUAACAUAGAAGUAACUAAGGCUCUUAAUGCUUCGAUUACUGCUUUAAAAAGUACAUUAGAGUCAAACAAAAAAUCUCAAAAUUAUCAGGUACCAAGAAAGUAUACUCUUAAUUCAGAUAGUGACAUCAAAAUUUGGAUGGAUAAACUUAAAUCUGA